GCACGUACCGUUCCAUCUAUAUAACCGCUGCGAUUGUUGUGUGGGCUCGACCGUCUCACUGUGUGUCGUGAAGCGGGUGUGUCAGCAUUGCAAAGCUUUCUUCAGGCAGCGUGGAGAUCCUUUGUCGAACGAGGGUAAGCCUUCUGCUGCACCGCUGCUUGUGUGUUUGCUGUGUGUGUGUGUGUGUGUGUGUGUGUGUGUGCAUACGUCCUCUCACUCCCUGACCGCCGGGGUUUCGUGCCGUUCUUUCUUUAAUAGAAGAACCUGAUCUUGAACCAUACGCACGUUGCUCGCUGGCUCUCUGCGGCUGUUUUGGCGUCGUCACCAGUCCGGCAGGUGCGCGGACGAAGGUAGCCGCCAAAGAAGACGGGAAGAUGGUGAAGGUUGGGAUCAAUGGCUUCGGCCGAAUUGGAAGGCUUGUCCUGCGGGCUGCUCUGCUCAACCACCCCGGAAUAGAGGUGGUUGCGGUGAACGACCCCUUCAUCGACACCAAGUACAUGGUGUAUAUGUUCAAAUACGAUUCCGUGCACGGUAAGUUCAAGGGCGAGAUCUCGGCCAAGGAUGACAAAACUCUGCUCAUCAAUGGCAAGGAAGUUGCCGUGUACGGGGCGAAAGACGCCGCGGCCAUCCCCUGGUCGGAGACCGGGGUCGAGAUAGUUGUCGAGUCCACCGGAGUGUUCACUGACAAGGACAAGGCGGCGGCGCAUCUCAAGGGCGGCGCCAAGAAGGUGAUCAUCUCCGCGCCGUCGAAAGACGCCCCCAUGUUUGUGGUUGGCGUCAAUGAAAACAAAUAUACGGCGGACCUGAAAAUCGUCUCCAACGCCAGCUGCACGACCAACUGCCUCGCGCCGCUGGCUAAGGUCAUUAACGACAACUUCGGCAUCGUCGAGGGGUUGAUGACCACUGUGCAUUCGCUGACGGCGACGCAGAAGACCGUCGAUGGGCCGUCUGUUCAUACCAAUUUUCCUGUUGCAAAAGGUGGAGGCAAGAAACACGAUGGCGGUCGCACCAUGCUGAUCACAAAGGCUAACCUCGCUUAGCCUACUUAAAAAAAAAAAAAUCGAAAUAACGACAGAAGGUGGGACCGACUCCAAUUCUAUAUCCGCACGAUGAGUAGCAUCACUACUGCCAUCAAACGUGAUUAUAUACGAUUGAUUCCGGACACUGUGUUUCAUGCUGCGACUACUACCAAAGCAGCUGUUGUCUUCACAGAGAGUACGGGUUUACCCCCCAUAAAAAGAGUCAGGAAACAUCGCGCUAGUUAUCGCAUCGUAAUAUGAAUGAUCUCAAGAGACAGGCAUGUGGAAUCAUCAGCUCCAAAAGAAACCGAGUAAACAUUAAAAAGUUUACUGAAAGUAAGAGUAGCCGUAUCAACUUCAAAAAAAAAAGAGAAAAAUAAAAAAACGUAUCCUCUUCACUUAAAAGCCACAUGCGGUUCGUCAGACCAAGCAGAUUUCUGAUUAACCAUGACGAUGACGAUUUACGGUUAGCAUCACACGGUCACGAACAAAAGAGACCAACUCAGGGCAUACUCACACUGCCACCUUUUCACUUAUUUCUGGAUGGAAUUGCGGCCAGAUGCACAUAAGUCCGGGCGUAAAUGGGUCAGCUACAUUUAAGAUACUGGUAGUGUGAGUACGCCCUCAAUGUGCACAAAGACAUGUCCUUCGGGAUUCAAGGAAGCAUGAAUCACAAAACACUUCGCGCAUUCUUGCUUGUUUGCGGUGAUGCAGAGCGAGCGCUAGGAAAUUGAGAAAUUUCCUGUCUUACGUUUUUUUUCCAGAAACUCCCUUAAAGUCGUGCUUCGAUGUCAAUUGCCACCGACCGCAUGUCAGGAGGGAAAACAAGAGGCAUCAAUCAAGACAAGACGCUCUUACGAGACCAGCAAAGUGCCCUCACUUCCUUCACUCCGUGACAUUCGAGAGAGGCUGCUUCUUCUCUCUCUCUCCCUCUCUCUCUCUCUCUCUCUCUCUCUCUCUCUCUCUCUCUCUCUCUCUCUCUCUCUCUCUCUCUGUGUAUAUAUGUAUGUAUAUAUAUAUAUAUAUUGUCACAUUGUGAAUCAGAGCGCAAAAAAGGGAAAAGAAAAAAGGAAAAGGAAUAUAUAAAUAACACAUGUGACGCACAUUUUGCAAUGCAAUAGGAAUCCAAGCAAAGAUUGUCCAUCCGUCUGUCUCCCUCUCUAUCUCUCAAACACACAGAGACACACACAUACACAAAUAGGAAUCGAAAUAAAGAACCGUCCGUCUGUCCCUCUUUCUCUCUCUCUCAAACACACACACACACACACACACACACACACACACAAACGCACACACGCACACACACACACGCACACACGCACACACGCACACAGACAAACACACGCACACACAUUUUGCAAUGAAAUCGGAAUCAAAAU